AUGUUAGAUGAUAUUAUCCUCACAGGAAAUAAUCGGUCUCUUCUUCAGCAGGUUAUUGCUCGCACUCGUACAGAAUUUGCUAUUAAGGAUCUAGGGCGGUUGAACUAUUUUCUGGGGUUAGAAGUUUCUUAUACUUCUAAUGGUCUUUUCAUUGGACAGGCUAAAUAUGCUCAUGACAUUCUGGAUCGUGCUCAAAUGUUAGACUGCAAACUUGCUGCCACACCACUAGCUGCCGGCACAUCCUUGCAGAGUACUGGCUCUUCGUUUGGUGACCCUACUCUUUAUCGCUCUCUGGUGGGGGCGUUGCAGUAUCUAACUCUUACAAGGCCCAACCUCUCAUUUGCUGAUAACACAGUCAGUCAGUAUCUCCAUUCUCCUACCGAUGAGCACUUUCUGGCCGUGAAGCGUAUUUUGCGAUACGUCAAAGGAACUCUUCAUUAUGGCCUUCACUUCACACAUCAUCCCAAAACUUCUGUUGUGGGUUAUUACGAUGCUGACUGGGCCAGAUGCCUCGAGACUUGUCGCUCCACUUACAGUUACUCUAUAUUCUUUGGAGGAAAUCUCGUCUUUUGGAGUGCCAAGAAGCAACCUACCGUUGCCCGUUCUAGUUGUGAAUCUGAAUAUCGAGCCUUGGCCAACAUCGGGGCAGAGGUUGUUUGGCUGCUUAAUUUACUCAAAGAACUUCAUCAGUCGCCCACCCUUCCUACGACGCUAUUCUGUGACAACAGAAGUGCCAUUUUCCUCGGUCAGAAUCCUGCCUCUCACAAACGAGCUAAGCAUAUUGACAUUGAUUGUCAUUUCAUUCGUGAGCUUGUUUCUUCAGGCAAGCUGCUUACUCAGUUUGUGCCCUCUCAUCUUCAGUUCGCGAACAUUUUCACCAAGGCGCUGCCGCGACCGGCAUUUGAGCUUCUGCGAUCCAAGCUUUGCGUUUGCUCAUACCCCAUGCAACGCUUGACGGGAGGUAUUAAAGGAAAGAGUUGA